CACAGCGAAGGGUAAUUCAGUGUCCCCAGCGCCAUCCGGGGGCCCUGAGGGCCUGCCAGGGCUUCCGCCGCUAGGGGCUUGGAGAGGCGAACAGGCCCUGCUUAGGAAGCCUGGCAAUGCCCCGUCACGGGGGCCACCCCAGGUUCUGCUGGGUCCAGGACCCGGAGAGGUCUGCAGGGGCCCCCAGUCUGGGACUGCUUUGGCUGAGCCUAGGUCUGGCGCUGGUGCUGGUUCCGCUUGACUCUGUGGUCCUCUGGGCCCCUGCCAGAGCUCACCCCCUUCCCCCUCAGGGCCCUCCUGCCAGGUUCAGCGGCACAGUGCCCCAUCUCCAGGAUGUCUUUGGGUGGUGGAACAUCUCCUGCCCAGUCUGUAAAGCCCUAUUCACUGCCAUCAACUUCGGACUGAAGAAGGAAUCCAAUGUGGCACGAGUGGGCUCUGUGGCCAUCAAGCUAUGCAAGAUGCUGAACAUAGCACCACCCACUGUGUGCCAGUCCGCUGUCCAGCUCUUUGAGGACGACAUGGUGGAGGUGUGGAGACGAUCAGUGCUGAGCCCAUCUGAGGCCUGUGGCUUACUCCUAGGAUCCACCUGUGGGCACUGGGACAUCUUCUCAUCUUGGAACAUCUCCUUGCCAGCUGUACCAAAGCCACCCCCCAAGCCACCCAGCCCACCAGCCCCAGGUGCCCCUGUCAGCCGUGUACUCUUCCUUACUGACCUGCACUGGGAUCAUGACUACCUGGAGGGCACAGACCCUAACUGCGCAGAUCCACUGUGCUGCCGCCGAGGUUCUGGCCUGCCACCCACCUCUCAGCCAGGUGCUGGGUACUGGGGCGAGUACAGCAAGUGUGACCUGCCCCUGAGGACCCUGGACAGCCUGUUGAGCGGGCUGGGCCCAGCCGGCCCUUUUGACAUGGUAUACUGGACAGGAGACAUCCCUGCCCAUGAUGUCUGGCAACAGUCCCGUCAGGACCAACUUCGAGCCCUGACCACCAUCACAGACCUCGUGAGGAAGUUCUUGGGGCCGGUGCCAGUAUACCCUGCUGUAGGCAACCAUGAGAGCACACCCGUCAAUGGCUUCCCUCCCCCCUUCAUAAAGGGUAACCGCUCUUCAAGCUGGCUCUAUGAGGCUAUGGCCAAGGCAUGGGAACCCUGGCUGCCUGCUGAAGCACUUCAGACCCUCAGAAUUGGGGGGUUCUAUGCCCUUUCCCCACGCCCCGGCCUCCGCCUCAUCUCUCUCAACAUGAAUUUUUGUUCCCGUGAGAAUUUCUGGCUCUUGAUCAACUCCACAGAUCCUGCUGGACAGCUCCAGUGGCUGGUCGGGGAGCUUCAGGCUGCUGAAGAUCGAGGAGACAAAGUGCAUAUAAUUGGGCACAUUCCCCCAGGGCACUGCCUAAAGAGCUGGAGCUGGAAUUAUUACCGGAUUGUAGCCAGGUAUGAGAACACUCUGGCUGGUCAGUUCUUUGGCCACACUCAUGUGGAUGAGUUUGAGAUUUUCUAUGAUGAGGAGACUUUGAGCCGGCCACUGGCUGUAGCUUUCCUGGCACCCAGUGCCACCACCUACAUCAGCCUUAAUCCUGGUUACCGUGUCUACCUAAUAGAUGGAAACUACCCUGGGAGCUCUCACGUAGUCCUGGACCAUGAGACCUACAUCCUGAACCUAACCCAGGCAAAUGCACCAGGAGCCACACCACACUGGCAGCACCUCUACAGGGCUCGAGACACCUACGGGCUACCCAAUGCACUGCCUGCUGCCUGGCACAAUUUGGUGUACCGCAUGCGGGAUGACGAACAACUAUUCCAGACCUUCUGGUUUCUUUAUCACAAGGGCCACCCACCUUCAGAGCACUGUGGUACACCCUGUCGCCUGGCUACUCUGUGUGCCCAGCUUUCUGCCCGAGCUGACAGUCCUGCUCUGUGCCGCCACCUGAUGAAUGAGAACCGCCCAGAUGUGCAGAGCUCGUGGCGACGGCCCCUUUUCUGCUAGGGCCUCAGCACCCAGAGUCAGGAAAGUUCUUGUCUUAGGAAAAGAACAAAAGCCUGAGUGCUGCUAUGAGUCAACCUGGCAAAAAGACCUGUGGGACAGUCAUCCUCAGGCCCCAAAUAUGCCGGGAAACAGGACCUUCCUCCCUGGAGCCAGUUUGGCAGGAUUUGGGAGAGGGUUUGGCUGUUCUCCCUGUGGCCAGCUUCUAGAUUCUCCUGGGAGUGCUGUUGUCUCACAGUCAUGGAGUUGAAGCUGAAGUGCCCUGGGCAAACAGAUAGAAAUUGUUGCCCUGGGCUGGUGCUGCCCAGAGGGGAAACUGCACUGCUGUGCGACCUGACCCCUCCAGACUGAUAAAAUAAAUGUAAGGACUUGAA